ACCAGCGCCAUUUCCCGCACUCUGGGUGGGGCUGCCUUCUUCCCCGCUUUGCUGUAGAACUGUGCUUGAGACAGUGUGAAGAGAAUGAAGGUUUCUUCUCGGAACUUAGAGCCUCUGGGCCACGUGGGGUACCUUGUAUUCUCCUGUCGCGGAGGAGUCCAGCUGGCGGUCCUACUGCUGUUCUUGCCGCCGUCUACUUGGGGCCAGUGUAUGGCCCCAUCACCAUUUCCAUUUGCCAUGCUUAAAAAUCGAACUGAUGAAUCUGAGUUUCCCAUUGGAACAUCUUUGAAGUAUGAAUGUCGCCCAGGAUAUAACAGGAGGCAGUUCUUCAUCACCUGCCAACAAAACUCAGUCUGGACAAGUGCUAAAGAUAUGUGUACACGUAGACAAUGUGAAACUCCUGCAGAUCCUCUUAAUGGCAUGGUACAUGUACACAAAGACACUCGAUUUGGAUCCAGUAUUAGUUAUACUUGUAAUCUAGGAUACCGUCUCAUUGGUUCUUCCUCUGCUGUAUGCAUCGUCUCAGAUAACACUGUCACUUGGGAUAAUGAGGCGCCUGUUUGUGAUUUGAUUCCUUGUGAGCAACCCCCAGCCAUUCCCAAUGGAGAUUUCGGUGUUGCCAGAGAAGAUUUUCAUUAUGGAAUGGUGGUUACCUAUCGCUGCAACUCUGAUGCAAGAGGGAAGAAGCUUUUUAACCUGGUGGGUGAGCCCUCCAUACAUUGUACCAGCAAUGAUGGUCAAGUUGGAGUCUGGAGUGGUCCUCCUCCUCAGUGCAUUGAACUCAACAAAUGUACACCUCCCCAUGUUGAAAAUGCAGUCAUGGUGUCUGAAAACAGAAGCUUGUUUUCCAUAAGGGAUAUUGUGGAGUUUAGAUGUCAGCCUGGCUUUACCAUGAAAGGAAACAGCAGUGUGCAGUGUCACUCUCUAAACAAAUGGGAGCCAGAGUUACCAACCUGCUUCAAGGUGCAAUCCUGUGGUGCUUUCCUGGACCAGCUUCCUAAUGGGCGUGUGCUAUUUCCACUAAAUCUUCAACUUGGGGCCAAAGUGUCCUUUGUUUGUAAUAAAGGGUUUCAAUUAAAAGGCAGUUCUGCUAGUUAUUGUGUUCUUGCUGGAAUGGAAAGCAUUUGGAAUAGCAGUGUUCCUGAAUGUGAAAAAGUGACAUGUAGCCUCCCACAGAAUAUGAAUGGAAUCCAGACGGGGUUGAAAAUAAAAGAAGAAUAUUACUAUGGAGAUAAUGUAACCUUGGAAUGUGAGGAUGGGUAUACUCUAGAAGGCAGUUCCCAGAGCCAGUGCCAGUCAAUUGGCAGCUGGUAUCCUCCUCUGGCCAAAUGUGUAUCACGCUCAAAUAGUGGCCUCAUAGCUGGAAUUGUUGUUGGAGUUGGAAUAAUCUUUAUUUCAUUCAUCGCUGUUUCUUAUUGGAUGAUUCGGAAAUAUAAAAAACGCAAUAUCACAGGUGAAAAGUGUAAAGAAGUGAGUAUCUGUUUAAAUUCAGAAGGAGACAGCGGUGUUCCCCCUCAAGUUCUGCUCACAAGUCAAGAGAACAACAGACAAACAUGAAACACCUCAAGAAGCAGGAGAAGAGUUGAAUUCCAGGACAUGGGAUUAUGAACUCAGUUUUGACCCUGCCACCAAGAUGGAAAUUCUUCCUGAGAUGGCGGGACCCAGAAAAUUGCCUCUUAACUCUUUUAUCCUGCCUGCUUAGUGGUCACUUCCUUGCACCCUUACCAUACAUUGAAAUCACAGAUCAUCUAUUUAGAGCACAAGACUGAAUGACAGAAAACUGAAGAAAGAAGAUGUAGUCUAGGAGUUAUGCUUUAUAAAGUCCACCAUUUCUCUUCCUUAUUUUAAAAUGCUUAUAAUAUGGCAUGAGCUCCUUAGGAAAAAAUGCAAAAAUAUAUGAAAACAAGUAAUAAUUAUUCUGUGUAACAAUAACCAUUACUAAUACUUUUAUUUUUAUCAUGCUUUUUCAUAUCUGUCUCUGUACAUGUGUAUUUUUCUCAAAUCAUUCCUACAUUUUUAAAACAGAGCACACUCCAAAAACACUUACGUAAUAUCAGUUAUCGCCUUCUCUAGGGAAUAGAAGUAACUUGUUUAUUUAAAAAUAUUUUAAAUGGUGAUGGGAAGAGUGACCAAGACUACUCAAAAAAACUGUCUGAAAAACUGAACUCUGGGUUUCUUCUAUUUUAAAAGUUUUUUGUACUAUGCUCUGUAUUUUUUUAAAAAUUUUUAUUUAACUUUUAUUAAUUACACUUUAUUCAUUUUGUAUCCCCCCAUAAGCUCCUCCCUCCUCCCCUCCUGGUCCUACCCUCUCUCCCCUUUCUGCAUGCAUGCCCCUCCCCAAGUCCACUGAUAGGGGAGGUGCUCCUCUCCUUCUUUCUGACCUUAGUCUAUCAGUUCUCAUCAGAAGUGGCUGCAUUGUCAGGGUUCUAGGUUAUCUCCAUGAAUAGUCCUUGGUUGAAGUAUGAGUCUCUGGGAAGUUCCCUGUGUUCAAAUUUUCUUGUUCUGUUGCUCUCCUUAUGGAGUUUCUGUCCUCUCCAGCUCUUACUAUUUCCCACUUCUUACAUAAAAUUCCAUUCACUCUGCCCUACAGUUGGCCAUCAGGCUCAACAUCUGCUUUGACAGUCUGCACGGCAGAGGCUUUCAGAGGCCCUCUGUGGCAGGUUCCUAGGUUGUUUCCUGUUUUAUUCUUCUGGCUUUCAGAGGCCCUCUGUAGCAGGUUCCUAGGUUGUUUCCUGUUUUCUUCUUCUUCUGAUGUCCAUCUUCUUUGCCUUUCAGGAUGGGGAUUGAACAUUUUAGUUAGGGUCCUCUCUUUUGCUUAGUUUGUUUAGAUGUGCAGAUUUUAGUGAGUUUAUCCUAUGUUGUAUGUUUAUAUGAGUGAGUAUAUACCGUGUGUGUCUUUUUGCUUCUGCAACAACUCACUCAGGAUGAUCCUUUCCAGGUCCCACCAUUUACCUGCAAAUUUCAUGAUUUCCUUAUUUUUAAUUGCUGAGUAAUACUCCAUUGUAUAGGUGUACCACAGUUUCUGCAUCCAUUCUUCAGUUGAGGGGCAUCUGGGCUGUUUCCAGCUUCUGGCUAUUACAAAUAAAGCUGCUACAAACAUG